UUAAAAAAUUAUUUUAUUUAAAUUCAAGUGGAAGCAAAUCAUGAAAAAAAACUCCUUAACAAAUACCAGCUCAAACCGGAUCAGGCUGGCGCGGACUACAGCUACACUUGGUAUCGUUAAGGUAAAAAAAUAAAAAAAAAAGCACGUGUGUGUUUUGACUUUUGAUACCUUAAGGUCCUUUCCAAAAAAAAAAAGAAGGAAAUACCUUAAGGUCUAAUCUUUGAUUCAACAAUAAUUACUCCCCCAAUGUGCAUGUUAUUUAAAAAAUUUAGUCUUUUCUUCUUUCUUAUUACAAAAUCUAAAAGAGUGCUUCCCUUCGCUCUCUUACAUAGCUCAAAACUUCUUCCGAUCUGUCUUCAGUUUAUCUAUGCCUGUCCGCGAUAAGACUUGCUAGUCAAACUCUGUCACUCCUCAAUUCCUUUUCCCCUACUCAAUUAUUCAGCUGUAGUUUCCCACUAAACACCGUCGUCCCGUCCAAGACUAGGGUUUCGACCCGAAGUUAAGUCGGGAUUUACUUAUCGGAUUAUUAAUGUAUCAUAUUUUGAAGUUCUACCGAGUGGCGGCUCUGUAAAUUAAGCGGAAAUGGAGCCCCUUUGUUGGAUUACGGAGUUUUGGGAGGAUUUCGGAGGUUGUCUGAUGGAUGGGGACUGAUUAGGGUUUCUUUUUUUCUAUUCGUUUUUGGGAUAUUUUCAACUUAAUGUGUUUAUUCCCGUAGCUGGAAGUGUAAAUUUUAAGGGUUCUAUUGGGGAAUUAGAAAUUUAGGGUUCCUCUCGUGAGCCCUGUGUGUUUUUUGAUUUUGUAGUGAAAAUUUAAAAUUUGAAUAGGAUAUGAAUGUGUAAGCUUUAAUAAUAAGGUUUUGUCACAUUUAGAAGUAGGGAAGUUGUAUAAAAAAAAUAGGGAUUAUAUUGGGAGAGAAAUGUUUUAUUCACAGUUCAUAUUGGCGAAGAAAGGUCCGUUGGGGACAAUAUGGAUUGCAGCACAUCUGGAGAGGAAGCUCCGAAAGAAUCAGGUGGCAGAUACUGAUAUCGGUGUCUCUGUUGACUCUAUUCUAUUUCCUGAAGUACCGAUUGCACUACGAUUGUCCAGUCAUCUUCUUCUUGGAGUGGUGAGGAUAUAUUCCCGAAAGGUGAAUUACCUUUUUGAUGAUUGCAGCGAAGCAUUGCUUAAGAUAAAGCAGGCAUUUCGCUCCACUGCAGUAGAUUUACCACCAGAAGAAUCGACUGCGCCCUACCAUUCAAUCACUUUGCCUGAGACUUUUGAUCUUGAUGACUUUGAGCUGCCCGACAAUGAGAUUUUUCAGGGUAACUAUUUUGAUAAUCACAUUAGCUCAAGAGAGCAGAUUACACUUCAAGAUACCAUGGGCAACGUGGUUUACUCUACAUCACAAUUUGGAUUUGAUGAGCGGUUUGGUGAGGGUGACACUUCUCAGAUUGGUCUGCUUGAUGAGGAACUAGUCCUAGAUCGGGUUGCAGUGCCAGGAUCUGUUGAAGUUUCUGAGUAUGAUCUUCAGGGAUCAGAUGUACCACAGAAAGCGAGUAAUUUAGAAGCUGUGCCUAUGGUUUGCAGUGGGGAUCAGGAUGAAGAUCUAGCUGCAAAUUCUGAAUUUGUCGAGAACGAUCAAGAUGUUGGUACUCCGGGAUUAAUGGAAUUGCCUAAUUUGUCUGGUGAUCACAAGGUAUUGGCUGAUCAUAUGGAAUCAGAACAUCACAUUCUUACGGAAUUGGGCAAUGAGUGUGUAGAAAAUGCUUCUAAUAAAUCAAAUUCUCUCGAUGGGGAUACUGGUCUUGUGGAUCAGUAUUUGCACAAUGAUGUAGAUCAUGACGCUGUGCCUCCUAAAAAUGGUUGCCAGUUUGGUGACAUGGAGAAAGAACAAACUAAACCACCAGGAAGUUCUGUCCAUGAUGCCUCGUCUGUGGAGUACACAUCUGCUGUUGGUACUGUCGGAGGACCUGAUGGCUUGGAUAGGGUGGAAGAUAUGCAGAAUGGUGUUAUGCACUCAAUUGAUAGAACUGAUGGAGAAUGUGCAGAAUCUCCUAGCUGCUCCAAUAUCACCUUUGACUUGGAGGACCCUUCUCGAAGAACAUGUUUAAGUAGCAUCUGUGUGCCCACAUCAGAUGGCUGCUUGGAGAAUGGCCAAGCAUUGCAUAAAUCUGAAAAUGGAAAUGAUGCUGAAACCACUGAUAAUUUGGAAGAGCCAUUCUCUCCUGCCAAAGCAAUAGCUUCAAAUCCUUCCUGUCCCCUGCAGUUGCCCAGUAGACCAACAGUUAUUGAUGGUGAAGCUCAAGCUUCUCUGGAACCAAAUGAUUCUGAAAAUCCUGAAACCCCUAUUGUUCAUGAAAAUCUGUCAUCUGUUCAAGUUCUUGGAAGUGAGAGUCUGACUGCUGCAGAGCAAAACUUGGUAGAUUUGUCCAGAAGGGAGGAGGAAGUUCAUGCUUCUGGAGCUUCAAUUGAGGUGCAAGUUGAAGCCUGCCAAACUCAGAGUUUGGAACCUGCUUUAUGUGAUGAUCAGUUGGAAAAUUCAAAUAAUUGUGCUAUGUCUGAUUUGCCUGCACCUGAAAAGUUACUCUCUGCACCCGAAGGACCUCUUGAUAAACCAAGUGAUUUGCUGGGAGAGUCUACACCAGACAAAGAAGUCCUAGCAGAGAAUGAGGAUAUUGAUAGUGGAACCAAGCUCAUUUCAGGAAAAAAACGAAGUAUAGCUGAAAGUACAUUAACCAUAGAGAGUAUGAACUCAGUUGAAUCAUUUGGAAGGCCUAGAUCCAUGAGAACUGCAGAAUCGGUUCCUGAUGAUGAUGACUUAUUGUCUUCUAUUUUAGUUGGAAGAAGAUCUUCUGUUUUCAAAAUGAAACCAACACCUCCUCUUGAAGUAGCUUCCAUGAAACGAGCACGAUCUGCACCAAGAUCUAGUACCAUCAAGAGAAAAGUGCUUAUGGAUGAUACUAUGGUUUUACAUGGCGAUACAAUACGGGAGCAGUUGGUUAAUACUGAAGACAUACGUCGCAUACGCAAGAAAGCCCCUUGCACUCGCCCUGAAAUUUCAUUGAUUCAGAGAAAAUUCUUGGAAGAUGAGAUCUUUAGCGAACCUAUAUUUACUGGUAUCUCAGGUGACUUGGCAUGUUUGCACAGUAAACCAUAUGAUCUAAGCAGUGUCAGGAUUUCUGAUGGUGAGGAAUUCCAUGCAUCAUCUGAACUAGCUAAGAAUUUGGAGUGUUCUGUCAGACCUAGUAUUGGUGAAGCUGGAAUCGAAGGAAGCUCUGUGCCUGUGAUUCAUGGGAGUGAUGAGCAAACACAAUCUGCUGCCAUUCCUAGUCAGGCUGAUACUCAGCAGGGUGAAUACAGUGAUCUUAAUGCUCAGCAGGAUAGAUAUGCUGUUGAUGGUGUGCCUCAAUUUUUGCAACAUGAACCUUUGGAUGGGAUCACUGAAAUGGAAAUUGACAAAGACAAUGUUGAAGUUGCUACUCUAGCAAAUUGUUCUGUUCUGAAUGAGUUAGGGUUAUCAUCACAUGCUGAUCUUGAUACUGGAGGUACUAGUAACAAGACAGCUGAGGAGGUAACCAACACCACUGAUGGCUCCAUGUUAAACAUUGCAACAUGCCUUCCACCUGAUCAAAAAAUGACUACUCAACCUGGAGAGGAUGCUUCUGAAUUGGAUUUGAGAAAUGACAAAGGAACUAAUCCUACUGAAGUUUUAGAACACAAUGUUGAAAGUAUCAUUGCAGCUGAAACUGAAUCAAAAGCAGCUGAUGAGUUGUUAGAAGAAAGUAAAGCCAAUACUUCAGUGGAGGUCAGUGUAGCAGACUGCUCUGAACCAAUUGAAAAUGGAUACGAUUCUCUUGCAUCUGUACACACUGGUGAGUUUGUGAAUGGCGCUCAAAAUGCCUAUGAAACUAGAUAUGGUAAGAUUGAUGUAGCAGAUGAGGCUCAAGUUGAGGGUUCUUUCUUGGAUAAUGAACACAACGACAGUAUCUUCAAGGGUAGCGAAGAAAGUAAACUGGAUUCUACGUAUUCAGAGAAGGUUGAUAUGGCUCUGAAAAAUGCUUCGUUAAUUGAUGGAGAAACUCCAAUCUUUCUGGAAGUUGAUGCAGUCAAUGAAGAAAUGAUCUCUCUUGCAGAUAAUCGUGCCGAAUACGAGGAUGUUGCAGUUGCAAAUGACACAGAAUUUCUGAAUGUAGAUGAUAAUGAGCUAGGUGGUGAUGAAGAUGAUGAUGGCAUGCCUUGUGGCGAUGAAAGUCUUCUUGAAAACAGUGGAUGGUCUUCUCGUACCAGGGCUGUUGCCAAGUAUCUCCAGAAUUUAUUUGAGGAUGAAUUUAUACAUGGACAUAAGGUACUUUCAAUGGACAGUCUAUUGGCUCGUAAAACACAGAAAGAAGCAUCGAGGAUGUUUUUUGAAACACUGGUAAUUCCAUUGUUUCCAAGUACCUGUUUUUUCAAGAGCACGCAUCUCCUCUAAAACAGUCUCCUUCCAUUCAGGAACUUAUAAAGCAUCUUUCACAUUUUUUGGUAGAUUACAAGAUUUAUUUGGACUUUUGACAAGAUCUUGCGGGUCAAAUUCUUGGUGAUGAAUCUGGUGGAUUCCACUUUCUUGAUUUCGGUUUCUUCUUAAGUAAACCAGCAAUUCUUUUGUUUGUUCUCUAUUCUCUUGAUUAGACUCUACACAUUCAUACUCCAUUUUAUUAUCAACAUUAACAUUCAAGUCAUUUUUAUUAAGAUCAACAUCAUUAAUCCUUGCGUUAAUCAUAAAUUUACCUUCCCCAUUAUUAGAA